GUUUAUAUCAUUAUUUCGGACAUUUUGGUUUGUCUUUGGUUUGGUAUUUGGGAGUUUUGCUCCGGGAACCUACAAAAUUGAAGAACGACAUUUGGUCGAUUACUUGUGAAUUACGAAUACAUUUGGUAUCUAAAUUGGGACUUGGUUCUGUUGUUAAUUUGGGUUCGUAAUUUGCGAGUAGAUCGAUAGUCCGUACUUCAAUAACUGGAACGAGCAAAACUUGGACGUAACAUAAAGUUCUUCAAUUAUUGGUUCCGUGUUCAUAUCUUGGAUUUUCUGGAUAUUUUGGGUCCAAAUUCCUGGUCUUAUUGGUCGAUUUCGUUUGGAUUAAUUCGGAUUUGUUUUGGUAAUUGAUUAUUUGGAACAACAAAUACGAUGGAAACACGGAGCAAAAGGCUGAAGGAAAAUGACGAAAUGGAUGGUAAAAUUCCUAAAGCUGUUUGUGGUAUGUCUGAUGUUAAUGAUGAUAAAUGUGAUGUUAGUCUUAAUAGUAUGUCCUCUAGCCAGCUAAGUACUUCUAGAUUAAAAUUAGAUAAAGCAUUACUGAGGAAAAGGAAUUUAGAGAAGAGACUCGAAUUAGAACGGCAACUUAAGAUGUUAGAUCUACAAGAAGAGGUUGAUAUCGCUGAACUAGAAUGCAAGGCCAUCGAGGACGAUGAACGAUUACCCGUAGAUAAAUGUGGGAUAAAUGCUAAAGUGGAAAAUUAUUUGGAUUGUGAUACUGGGUGUAAUAAUCACUCAGGGGAGGUAAGUAACAUCUCAAAGGUUGAUUGGGUUGGGGAGCUGAAGGACAUGUUACAUACAAUGGUUAGUAACAUGGUUUUACCUAAGAUCGAUAUGAUGUACUUUGAUGGACAACCGGGUCAGUAUUACCGUUUCAUUAGUCAGUUUAAUAGCCUUAUAGAGAGUAAACUGUCAGAUAAGGGCCAAUUGUUGUCGUAUUUGUUAUAUUAUUGCAAGGGAAAGGCCAGAACAGCAAUUGAAUCUUGCGUUUCUUUGCCCAGUGAUUUGGGCUAUGAUAGGGCUAAACGAAUUUUGUAUGAUUUAUUUGGUAAAGAACAUCUUGUUGCACGAGAACUAAUUAUUGAGUUAUUAAACCAUAAACCUGUCGGAGGAUCGGCUGACGUAUUAACUGACUUUGCGAUUAAGUUGCGUAAUGUAUGUAUAACGUUGAAGCAAAUGGGAUAUAUGUCUGACGUUGAUUCUACGGCUAAUUUGGAGGUAAUAGUUUCAUGCCUACCACUAGAAUUGCAGAAUAAGUGGGUGGAAGUCGCCGAUAAUAUCAUGAUGCAUGGGAAAGAGCCAAGCUUUGAAGAAUUUGUGGUCUUUGUAGAAGAGAGGGCCAGAAUUGCCCGAACCCGUUAUGGUAGAUUAGUACAGUGUAACUCAAGGUUCGGUAAAAGGAAUUCUGAAGGCCAAGCUGAUAGGAGAUCACGCUUUCAUGCAAUUAGACGAGGCCCAAAUAUCUCAGUCAAGGUAUCACGUUGUGAAAUCUGCGAAGGUGAUCAUGAGGUGAAAAAUUGUCCAAGGUUAGCAAAAAUGAAUGUAAGAGAAAGGAGGCAGGAGGUAAGAAAACGUGGUCUAUGUUACUUAUGUUUGAAGAAAGGUCACAUAUCUAUGACAUGCAACUCAGGCAUCAAGUGCGACGUUGAGAAUUGCAAGGUUAGACAUAAUUCAUUAUUGCAUAUUGAUAGUAUUGAUAACCAUGUGGUGAACCUAGCUAAGGAUUGGAACUCUUCAAGGGUUUGUCUGGGGAUCGUUCCAGUCAGACUAUACGGUCCCAAAGGAUGUUUAGAAACAUAUGCACUUCUAGAUAGUGGUUCGGACACUUCUCUUGUAUGUGAAGAAUUAAUUAAUCAGUUGGGUAUCAAAGGUAAAGAGACUUCGAUAAGGGUGGCGACUGUGAACGGAACUACCAAUUGUGAAUGUUUGGAGGUAAAUUUAGAGGUAUUUUCAUUAGAUGAACAGGGUUCUAUAAGGAUCAACAAGGUUUACACGACCAAGAAACUUCCAAUCGAUCAUGCAACACCUUUAACCGAACUCCAACUGAAACAGUGGAAUCAUCUAAAAGACAUAACUCUUCCGAGGUUGCAAAGUAAUUUUGUAGGAAUAUUGAUUGGGUGUGAUGCUCCGGAUGCACAUUGGGUGCUGGAACAACGUCUGGGGGACAGGAAGCAUCCGUUUGCUGUGCGUACUCAUCUUGGUUGGAUGAUUAUAGGUCCUAAGGGAGUAUCAAGGUCUCUACAUCAAGUUCAUUGGUGUCAUUGUUCCACUAAUGAUAUUUUGCGAGAUUUAGAAAGACUAUAUAAUCAUGAGUUCGAGGAUGCAGAUACGUUUCGUAAUGGAUAUUCUGUCGAAGAUAAAAAAGCUCUAGAAAUAGUUAACAGUUCGUUUAGAUUGGAGGGUGGUCAUUUCCAAGUUGGUCUACCAUGGAAGUAUGAUAAGCCAAGACUACCGAAUAAUUUGGAACUGGCUGAACGCAGAUUAGAAUGCCUAAGGAAGAGGUUUAUGAAAGAUAACAGUCUUUUGGAGAAAUAUCAAGUUGUGAUGAAUAAACAUUUAAGAAAGGGCUACAUCAUUGAAGCUAGUGAAGAGGGAUUUGACUGUGAUGCUGUUUGUUGGUAUAUUCCUCAUCAUCCUGUUAUCAACCCUAAAAAGCCUGGAAAAUUGAGAAUUGUUUUUGACUGUGCGGCUGUCUAUCAAGGUUGUUCUCUUAAUGACCAGCUUUUGAGAGGACCGAAUACUGUAAAUAGUUUAAUUGGUGUACUUCUACGAUUCAGAUUAGGUAACGUAGCAUUAGCUGCUGAUAUUGAAGAGAUGUUUCUUCAAGUAAAAAUUCCGAGACAAGACAGGGGAGCAUUUCGUCUAUUGUGGUGGGAAGACGGUGAUAUACGACGAACGGCUAAGGAAUAUUGUUUAACAGUUCAUCCGUUUGGAGCCGUGUCCUCUCCCUUUUGCGCUAAUUUCGCUCUUAAGAAGACGGUAGAUAUAUUCGGUAAGGAAUUCAAUGAAGAUAUCCAGGACGUCGUAGAUAGGAGUUUCUAUGUCGACGACUAUUUAGCCUCUAUUGAUAAUGUACAGGAUGCAAUUGAGCUGGCAAAGGCCCUUGGUUCUCUCCUCAAAAAGGGUGGGUUUAGACUUAUCAAGUGGAUAAGUAACUGUUUACAAGUUCUUGAAUCAAUUCAUCCAGAAGAGAGAGCAGAAGCCGUAAGAGAGAUUGACUUUGAAAGACUUCCUACGGAACGCACGUUGGGAUUAUUUUGGAAUACUAUGGUUGAUUCGUUUGAAUUUAAAGUUCGCAUACCGAAACGCCCCCUCACUAGGCGAAGUAUAUUGUCAAGUGUAGCCUCACUUUACGAUCCUCUGGGAUUGGUAGCACCGUUUAUACUUCCCAUGAAGCAGUUACUUCAGCGUUUAGGUAAAUUGGGACUAGGAUGGGACGAAGAGAUUCCAAAUGAGGAAAGCAAACGUUGGUUAGAGAUUUUAAGUGAAUUUAAAAGGGUUGAGAACGAUAGUUUUCCACGUUGUGUAUUGUUUCCUCAAUCAGAUCGUUCGCUCCUGGAACUUCAUAUUUUCAGUGAUGCAUCGGAAACUGGAUAUGGUGCAGUAGCAUACGUCCGCUCUUACAAUUUUGACACUGAGAUAUGUUCUCGUCUUGUUAUGGCUAAGGCAAGAGUAGCCCCUUUGAAGGUCCAAACUAUACCGCGCUUGGAACUGUCGGCAGCAGUUUUAGCAGCUCGCAUGGGAUACCAGCUGCAGUCAGAAUUAGACAUUAAGUUUGCAGAGGUUAAUUUUUGGACGGAUUCUAUGAUUGUCUUACACUAUAUUAGAAAUGAGAAAAGCCAGUUUAAAACAUUCAUAGCAAAUCGAAUUUCGACUAUUCACAGUCUUACUAAGGUGGACCAAUGGAGAUUCGUACCUUCUAAAGAAAACAUAGCAGACUUCGCAUCCAGAGGGAUCAAGUUUAACAUCGAUGAUGUCAAGGUAUGGGAGGAGGGUCCACGUUUUCUCAAGAAGCCGAGGGAGUGUUGGCCUGCUGCUGAUGUACAAGGUCCUGACCCCCAUCUCUUGGAAAUAAAGAAGGCAAUGUCGGCGCAUGUAAUGGCUGAAGAAUCCACUGUUGAUCAACUUAUUAAUUAUUAUUCAGAUUGGACUAGAUUACUGAAGGCUGCUGCGUGGUUAACCCGAUUUAAGCGAUAUUUAUUGGUAAUGCGUUCUGGUAGAACUGAUCUGUCUCUACAGGUGGGUAUGCUCAAAGUUGAUGAAUUAAAUUUAGCUUGCUUAGAUUUAAUUCGAUAUGUCCAACGCUUAGUGUUUCGGAAAGAGAUUGAAAUAUUGUCGUCUGAUACCAUUAGCAAGGCGAAAAUAAAAAAUUCACCGUUACGGAUCUUAAAUCCAAUGAUGUUAAACGGAUUAUUAUGUGUUGGUGGCCGACUUCAAAUUAGUUCCUGGCCCGAGUCGAGGAAGCAUCCUAUAAUAUUACCAUCAAAGCAUAGAAUUACAAAUUUGAUUCUACAGUAUUAUCAUACUUUGGAAGGGCAUGUUGGAGCCACACAGGUAAUGGCAACAGUUCGAGAGAAAUUUUGGGUGCUGAGGGGUGGUGUGACCAUGAGGAGAGAGAUUAAGGAUUGUGUUUAUUGUAAAAGGAGGAACGCCUGCCCCAUCCAACAACUGAUGGCACCACUACCUCCGAGUAGAAUAGAAGAUGGUGAGUAUCCAUUCUUAUCAGUUGGUGUAGAUUAUUUUGGACCCAUUAUGGUUGAACAUGGUAGACGUACCGAGAAGAGAUAUAGUUGUGUAUUCACAUGUUUAAGAUUGAGAGCUGUGCAUCUGGAAGUUGCAUAUAGUUUUACCACAGACUCAUUUAUCAUGGCAUUGAUGAGGUUUAUCGGCAGGAGAGGCUAUCCAAAAGAGAUAUACAGCGAUAAUGGAUCAAAUCUGGUGGAAGCUGAACGUGAGCUAAGAAAAUGUCUUCAGGAUUGGGUGCAGGAGCGUAUACACUCUGAUUUGCUAAGAAAAGGGAUUGACUGGCAUUUCAGUCCACCGGCUGCUAGUCAUUGGGGAGGAGUUUGGGAGCGCAUGAUUCGCUCUGUACGUAGAGUAUUGGGUGUUCUUGUAAAGGAACAAUCUUUAACAGAUGAAUGCCUUGAAACUUUCAUGAUGGAGGCUGAGCGUAUAAUUAACAGUCGACCUUUGGUUCCGGUUACGGACGACUCUAAUGUUCUCGAUGCAAUGACACCAGCGAAACUAUUACUAUUGAGAGAGAACGUCGCCGAACUCACUAACGUAAUAUCUAAUGACAGGUAUUCUAAGAGAUGGAAGCAAGCGAAUUACUUGGCACAAGUAUUUUGGAGACGUUGGUCUAAGGAAUAUGUUUCGUUGUUGCAGCGUAGAUACAAGUGGACCCAACUAGAGAGGAACAUACGAGAGGGUGACUUAGUAAUGAUAUGUUCCGAGUUCUCUGAGAAAAACAAAUGGCCCUUGGGUCUAGUGCAGAGAGUGUUACCAAGUAAGGAUAGAUUAGUGAGGCAGGUAGAAUUAAGGACAAGAAAGGGGAUCCUAGUGAGAGAUAUUAGAAAACUGUGUCUUCUUGAAGCCGUAGAUGGUAGGUAGUUACUCGGGUCCCUAGGCGUACUGGUGUAAGUCCUAGGGAUCACGAGAUUGUUGGUAUAGUGAGUGUUUGUUGUUGAUUGUUUGUGAUGCAUAUACUUGGAUUCUUGUUGUUUAUUUAUUUGUCUGUGAAAAGAACCAAGGUUCUUUUGGUCGGGAGUGUUACGGGAGAACUGAAGACUUUUGACGGAUUAAAACCUUUUAUUGUACAUUAAUAAUUUACUGUGCUUUUGGAUGUAAUUGUUUUACUUAACUUUUGAACUUGUUUGUUUAUAUCAUUAUUUCGGACAUUUUGGUUUGUCUUUGGUUUGGUAUUUGGGAGUUUUGUUCCGGGAACCUACAAAAUUGAAGGUUUGUUUUGUAAUUGUUAUAAUUAUUGUUGUUAGAACGACAUUUGGUCGAUUACUUGUGAAUUACGAAUACAUUUGGUAUCUA